AUGAAAAACUACGAAGCGUGUGAAACUGAAAAGAACUCCGUUGCCUAUGAGGUUCCAGGAGACAAAAUCGACGGUGGAAUGAUUUGCGGGAAUUCGAAUUUCGAAAUUGAUGAAGGAAUAAAUUCUUCGGCGAAUUUCGCAAUUUUGGAUGUUUCCCAUAGAGAUCAUGAGCAUUCAAAACGACUGGCAGUGGCAAAUUUUGGCGCCAAUUUGAAUUUUUCGAAAAAUGAGGGGAUAAAAUUCCAGAAAACUUCAGAAAACUCUACUGAAUUUCAGAAACGUCUAGAAAUGUCUAGAAAAUUUCAGAGAAUUCCAGUAUUCAAGCUGAAAAUUCAAAAAAUUCAAAAAUUCGAAAAUUUUCAGAUUGGCACUGGUUUAAGCUACUCGACUGGAAUCAAAAUUCAGCCGGAAAGUGUGAAAAUCCACGUUUUGGAUUAUGGAUUCGAAUACGAUAAUGAUGGUUUUGCACUUGAAAUUCAAAUGGUGAGAAUUUUUGAGUUUAAAAUUAUAAAAAAAGUUCUUCUUUUUAUGCCAAAAAUAUUCACAGGUUUUUUUCAACGAAAUAAUUUCCAAAAACAUAGAUUCUUUAUUUUCUCUCCAACUUUAAAGUUUCGGAAUUCUAUUUUUAUUUCCGAGUUUCAUAAUUUUUGA